AUUAUUGCUAUCCCAGUUUCAGACGCAGAAAAGUUAGGGGAACGCGACAGAGAAAUCCUGGCUCCACAUUUACUAGUAGGACUUUGGUCAAAAGCCUUGCUGUCUCCAUGGUACUUGCCCCCCACCCCCCAUGGAAGCUAGAAUAAGUAUCCUAGUGUGGGGAGAGUUCUGUUGGUUGAAACAUAACAAAGGCUAUCAUUAACAGUCUCUCAUAAGGUCACACAACUGUCACCUGCCAGACCCGAGAUCCAAAUCCAGAUCUGACUAAAAACAAUACUCUCAGCUACUGCCUUUGUCUAACCUACCCUCAUGAAGUGGAUAUUAUUUUUAUGGAAGAGGAAACUGAGGCUCAGAGAAGUGGAGUAGCCCAAGCUAUCCAGCUUUUCACCACACUCCUCCUGGCCCUUUGCCUUGUAUCUUGGCACCUAACUCUUGACACUUUGUCGGUCUCCACUGCCCCCUUCCUCGAGAACACUAUCUCCUCUUCCUAAGGGCUUUUUCUACUUCUGACUUUGUCCCCAUAUCCAAUACAUUUCUCCACCCUGGAUCCAAAGUGAUCCUCCAAAAACACAAAUCAGACUACUGACUUCUAAUUAAAACUCUAGGCUGGGGUCCAGGGCAAAAAUGGUGGCAGCUGUUGCCUCACGGAUUUCUCGGCUGCUGGGUUGGUCUUGUCCACAGCUGGGGUGGUUUAUGUCCAGUGGUACCCAUGGUGGACAGGGAAAGGCUAGCAUGUGGAAGGCCCUCACCUUCUUCAUCACGCUCCCCGGGGUGGCAGUCAGCAUGUUGAAUGUGUUUCUAAAGUCACACCAUGGAGAGCACAAGAGACCCAAGUUCAUCCCCUACCCCCAUCUCCGCAUCAGGACCAAGCCAUCUCCCUGGGGAGAUAGUAACCAUACUCUAUUCCAUAGCCCUCGUGUGAAUCCACUUCCAACUGGCUAUGAAGAUGAAUAAAGAGAAUCUGGACCACUACCCGGGCACUGGGGACCACAGCACUGGUUUGGACCAUACUCUGCACACGGACCAGAAAAAGUAUACAGGACCUUAGGCUCACCUGUGUCAGAUGAUGACUGGCAUGCUGAUUUUCCAUCCCUUUGCUUGCAGCAGAAGAUGGCUUAAAUAAAUAGCUUAAACUUAGAAAACAAAGAAACAAACAAAACUCUAGGCUGGGUGUGCUGGCCCAUGCCUAUAGGAUUGCUUGAGUCCAGGAGUUAGAGGCAGCAGUGAGCACUGAAGCCUGAGUGACAGAGUAAGACCCUGUCUCUAAAGAGAAAAAAAAAAAAAAAACACCACCACCAUUAACAACAAA